AUGGCCUACUUGCUAGUGUGCUCUUUGUUUCUCGCGGUAGGAGUUUUUGCCGCAGACCCGGAGCUUGUCUCGGAUUAUGCUGCUGAUCCCACCGCCACCAACGCGAGCUUCUUCACUUUCACUGCCUUUCACGGCGAUGUCACAGCUGCACCAGGAACUUUCAUGGUGAGGAAGGCAUCGCUUGUGGAAUUCCCAGGUCUUACUGGUCUGGGCGUCUCCAUGGCCCAGCUCUUCUUCCAGCCAAGCUCGGUCAAUCCCCCACACAUCCAUCCCCGGGCCUCGGAGCUCCUCUACGUUUUAGAGGGCUCCCUCGCCGUUGGCCUGGUGGACACCACCAACAAGCUAUUCGUCCAGAAGCUUGGGACGGGCGAUGCGUUCGUGUUUCCGAAGGGUCUCGUCCACUUCCAAUUCAACGAAGGACAGUACGCAGCCAAGGCCAUCUCAGCCUUCGGGAGCUCCAAUGCCGGCACUGUUUCCAUCCCCGCCACCAUCUUUGGGUCUGGAAUCGACGAUCAAGUUCUAAGCAAGGCCUUCAAAGUGGGCAUAGACACCAUCCAGACGCUCAAAGCGGCUUUUGCAGUGAAAUCCUGAAAUUGAUAUGCCUUAAUUGGCAUCUUUUUGUGUUUGUGGAGCUUUUGCUUUCCUCCAUAAAUUAAAACUAAA